AUGGCGAGCAGCAGUUCCAAAGGUGAAUUCAUUGUCGGAGGGAAAUACAAACUGGUUCGGAAGAUCGGGUCUGGCUCCUUCGGAGACAUUUAUCUGGCAAUCAACAUCAUCAGUGGCGAGGAAGUGGCAGUGAAAUUAGAAUCUCAAAAAGUCAGGUGUCCAUUGUUGUUAUAUGAGAGCAAACUGUAUAAGGUUCUUCAAGGUGGGGUUGGCAUCCCCCAUAUAAGGUGGUACGGUCAGGAAAAAGAGUACAACAUACUGGUCAUGGAUCUUCUGGGGCCAAGCCUUGAAGACCUCUUUAAUUACUGCUCAAGAAGAUUCACCAUGAAAACUAUACUCCUAUUGGCCGACCAGAUGAUCAGUAGAAUUGAAUAUGUACACUCAAAGAAUUUUAUACACCGAGAUAUUAAACCAGAUAAUUUCCUGAUGGGUAUUAGACAUCAGUGUAGAUUAAACCAGUUAUUCCUUAUUGAUUUUGGUUUAGCCAAAAAGUACAGAGACAACAGGACAGGACAACACAUACCAUAUAGAGAAGAUAAAAACCUCACUGGCACUGCUCGAUACGCUAGCAUCAAUGCACAUCUUGGUAUCGAGCAGAGUCGUAGAGAUGAUGUGGAAUCAUUAGGAUAUGUUUUGAUGUAUUUUAAUAGAACCAGCCUGCCAUGGCAAGGUCUAAAAGCAGUAACAAAAAAACAACAAUAUGAAAAGAUAAGCGAACUGAAGAUGUCCACUCCUGUUGAAGAUUUAUGUAAGGGGUUUCCUGAAGAAUUUUCCAUGUACUUAAACUAUUGUCGUGGGCUGCGCUUUGAAGAAACCCCAGAUUACAUGUAUCUCAGGCAGCUAUUCCGCAUCCUUUUUAAGACCCUGAAUUUACAAUAUGACUUUGUAUUUGACUGGACCAUUUUAGCGCAGAGAGCAGUGCAGCAGGCAACCUCUUCCAGUGGGCAGAGUCAGCAGGCCCAAACCCCCACACCCAAGCAAACUGACAAAAACAAAAGUAAUGUGAAAGGUUUCUAA